AUGACACCAGAAGAUGAAGAGCCAGCACAGUUAUCAACAGAAAGAGAUCAAGCCACAGUGACCCGGGAAAGCCAUGCGGCAGUUUCGGAAGCAUCAGAAACAUUUGAAACGUUAGCUUCAACACAGGAAGGCACUCGGGAAACAUCGUCCCGGAUGAAUGAUCCAAUUUCUUCAUUAAAUCAGGCGCGAGACUCUGAUCAGAUUCAAACGUCUCCUCGGCCAAACUUACUGGAUGCCCGAUCCAAUGCAGCAGAAUUAUCAAACUCAGCAAAAAACUCUUGUCCUGAAGUCUCUGGAGCCUCAACAGACGACCAAUCCCCUGAUGAUGUCCCCGCACCAGAUCUCGUCCCACUUUGCUCUUCUGAUUGCGUCCAGUCUCCAGUUUCUUGUCAGAAUGACCGCUUGCCAGUUCCACCUCCACCUCCUCGGAAUCAGACGGCUGAUGAGCUGAAAGCCUUCUACGCAGCUCGCAAUCGAGAAUAUGAGCGGCAUAAGAGAAGUACUGGAUACGAAUCUUCUUCGUCCGAAGAUGGAUGGAUAGAAAAAGGUCACUCCCAGCGUUCCAGAAAAAAUGGAAGACAAAUUUCCAAUGAAGGUGAUGUUGUUGAGCAGUCAACAAUGAGCAAUCAACCGAAUGCAUAUGCAGAAAUUGACGCUCAAGACGUCGUUGACCCAGCCCGACAUUUGGAAGACGUCGGAGGAGAUGAUCCAGACAAUCGGGUCAUGCGCGCAAAUCAAAACGAGGGACCCGAUCAACAAAUAGAAAGUGGGCGCGCAGAAGACGAUGAUUCAGACGAGGUAGAUGAGGAAGAUGAAGAGUCCGAUGCAGAAACAUUUGAAGCGAUUACUUCAGACUCACCACAAGAAUACAAUCCUGAAGUAUUGUCUCUUGUAAAUAGGCCAAUUUCUGCAUCACAUCAAACGUCAGCCUCUGGUCAGACUGAAGCAGAUUUUCAGCCUAUCAUUCUUCGUGACCCAUCAAAUGCAACAGAACUUCCAAAUUCAGCAAUAAGUCCUACUCUUGAGAUCGCCAAAGCUUCAACAGAAGGCCAAUACAAAGAUGUCCCCGGUCCCGAUCUCGUUUUCACACGCUCUUCUGAUUGCGCCCAGUCUCCAGUUUCUUGUCGAAAAGACCGUGUCCCAGUUCCAGCUUCAGCUCGUCGGAAUCAGACGGCUGAAGAGCUCAAGGACUUUUACAAAGCUCGCAAUCGAGAAUAUGAACAGCACAAGACAACUACUGGAUAUGAAUCUUCUUCGUCCGAAGACGACUGGAUAGAGAAAGGUCCCUCCCAGCGUUCCAGAGAAAGACAAACUCCAAAUGAGAGUGAUGUUGUUGAGCGAUCAGAGACGAACAACGAAAUGGAUGCAUAUGCAGAAAUUGAUGCUCAUGACGACGGUAAUGAGCCGUCCCGACAUUUGGAAGAUGUCGAGGAAGAAGUUCCAGUCAAUUGGGUCACGCGAGCGGAUCAAAACGAGGAAGCGAAGAUAGAAAUUGAAGAUGCGGAGGACGAUGAUCUAGACAAGGACGAUAAAGAAGAUGGAGAGUCCGAUGCUGAUAUUCCAACGACGAGUCAGUUGGAAGAAACCAGAAAAAGACCAGCAACAAUGGGACCAUCUGGAUCUACUGCAUCAAAGAAAUCCAAUAGUGAAACCAACCAUCAAGAUGAGGAAAUCGGGAGAACCCUUGAGAGUGCAAAGCCCAAAAGAAAACGCAAAUCUCAAAAAAACUACUUCAGUUCAAUGGAGAGAAAAAGACAUCAAGCCGCAUCUCAAAGAUAUAAAUCGAUAAAGGAAACGGAGAACAAAUCGUCGACCGCAGUUUCUUCCAGCUCGAUUCAAGAGGAGUAUCCAGCGGCUCAUGCUCAUGGCGAGGUUCAACUGCAAGUUCGAGUUCACUUGUCACCAGCAGUCGGUCAUUUGGAAAACGAGGAGGACGACCUUCUUGCAUCUGGACCGAUCGUUCUUCUACCAACAGGAUCGUCACAAGAGCUUCCUCCACAAGGCAUGCGAUAUAGGCAGUCUCAUUCUUCACCCAGCGUCCCGUUUGGUGUUCAGAGGGCUGGUCAACAUGGAAUCAAUAAUGGAGCAUUAGAGAGAAACUUCCGAGAUUAUCACAUUGGAGAGGAUGCCGCCGGCCCAUCCACGUCAGCUGAAGCCACUGCGAACUACACAGAUUGUGACACGUCAAAUGGACAACCAGGUAUAGGACAAGAGCCACGUGUCUUCCCAGUGGAUAGACCUGCUGCAAACUUCGCGGAGAUUGGUGCAAUAGACCAAAUCUGA